AAUGGAAACUUGGCUUAAUACGCGUGUGUUUCUUUAAUUCCCGCGCUAAAAAAAAAACAAACAUAAUAACAUUUAGAAUACUAUUGUUAUUUAAUUAAUAACAUAAUUUAAUAUACCAUAUUUGUAUAUAAUUUUUUUUCAAUAAUACAAAGUAGUUUAAUUGUUGUCACGAAAUUAGUUUAAAAAUAAAAAAAUUUGCGAUGAAUAUUGUCGUCAGCAAUGCUUAUUUCUGAUUCGUUAACAAUUUUUUUUAUUCUUCUUGGCUAAUAACAGAAUGUUGAGUUGUUUUUUCUACCAAAAAUCAAGGUCAUCAACAUCAAUUGUUGAUGAAUUAAUAAUAAAUAUUUAUUAAACAAAAAAAUGGUUAAUAAUAUUACAAAAAAUAUUGAUAUUGAUAGUUAUUAAAGUGAUUUAAGGAAAAAAACAAAAAAGAGCAAAUAUCAAAAAGCGUCGUUAGCAAUGUUAGCAUUAUCAUAAUAUAAUUAAUAAAAAUAUAUAUGAUAAAAAAUUUUAAAUGUUGUCAAUGGGUCUUUUGUGUAAUUUGAUAUAUUAAAUUAAAUUAGUUGAUAAUAAUUUUAAUUUAAUUAGACGUAAAUAUGGAACCAAUUUUACCAUCUGAAUUGGCAAGACUUGUUCUUGGUUAUCUAGAACAAGAAAAUUGCCAAGAAGCAGCUAAGGUAUUUUUUGAUACAUCACCAGAUCUGAGCGAGUAUAGAAAACUAGCAAAACUUGGCAAACCAUUUGGCAAAAAAAUAUAUGGUUUGACAUUAAAUAAUAUUGUUGAAAAUCUUGUAUCAGCAAGUAUGUUGCUACAAGAAAAAUUAUCACAAAUAUCUGAUUCUGGAAGUUCAGAUCAUAUUAAUAUACUUAAACAAAGUAAUAAUUUAAUGGAACAAUUGAAAUUUAUAUUAGAUGAAAAAUUUCAACGUUUUUAUGUAAAUAUUAGUGUACCAACACCAAAUACAUCAACACAAACAACAAGUGGAUCACCAAUAAUUUCAAGUAGCAUGAGAAAACGUAAAACAAGUGUGACGAUUGAACGUAAAGAUAAAAGACAACAAAAAUUAAAUAUAUUAACAAAUGAUCAAGAUCAAGUUAAUAAUAUUGAAGCAACAACAUUAAAUCAACUUCCUGGACAUUCAAAAAAUCUUCAUGAUAGUCCACAAAAACAAGAAGUUAAUAAACAACAACAACAAGUUGAAUUUGAAGUACCACAAAUUAUUGAACAGCCAAAAGAAAUUACUGUAAAUGAUAAUCCAACAAAUCAAGUAAUACCAACAACAUUACCAGCAUGUGCAAUUGAUACUCAAAGUGCAACUUGUUCAACUGGUACAGAUACUGAAGAGUUGAGACAAUUUACAACAACAGAAGUACAAACAAAUCCAAUUAAUAAUUCAAAUCAUGAUGAAAGAAUUAAAAAUCUUAGUUUAUUAUCAAAUGCAUUAUUAAAUAGAACAGAAAUACAUGAAAGAAUAGCUGAAAAUAUUAAUAAUGAAAAUCGUGAUUUGAGUAAUCAUGAAGUAUCUGAUUGUAAUGCAUCAAUGACAGCACAAUUAAAUGCAUAUAUUGAAUCAAUUGUAUCAAAAACAGAAAGAGAUCCAAUAUUUGAAAAUUUUAUUAGUGGUAUUAUUAGACCAGAGACAGAUGAUACAGAGCCUGAAACAGAAAUGAGUCCAGAUGAAGAAGAUCCUAUUGAUGUUAUUAAUUUACAAGAUAAUAAAUCAACUAGUCCACUAAUAUUUCAUGAACAACAAGACAUUGAAUUACCAUUAGAUAAUCCUGUUACGAAUGAAUUGGAUAAAGAAAAAAAUAAUUUACCAAUUAAUAAUGAUAAUUGUUAUAAAAAUAAUGAAGAAAUUAAAUCACUUGAUGAUAUGAAUGCUGCUGCAAUAAUGGGAAUAAUGAGUGUAAAUGCAUUAAAUGAAAAAAUAAUUGAAGAAAAUAAACCAUUAAAUAUUGAAGAAGAAAAAGUAGAAGAAAAAAAUGUUGAUAAUUUACAAAUAACAGAUAAUGUUAUACCAAGUGAAGCUAUAAAACCUAAUAAUAAAUUAGAAAAUAAAAAAAAACCAAGAAAAGCAAGAUUAUCAAAACGUGAAUUAAAGCCACCUGUUAAAAUGGAUGUUGGAGUUAUGGAAGUUCCAAUGUUAAUUAGAUGCUCAAAUGAAGAAAUUAAAAACCAUCAAAAUGAUUUCAAACCUAUAGCACCAAAGGGUCCAAAUAGACCAGUAUUAAUUGCGCCAAAAAAUUGUAAUAAUAUACAACAAGCUAGGCCAAUUUUUGUUAAAACAGUUAAUUUAAAAUUUCCAGUUAACAAAACAGAUAAUCAAUGUGUUAAUUCAACUGUAACAUCACUUUCUCAAGAAAUUGUGAUUCAGCCAGCACAACAAAUAUUUCAGUCAGUACAACAAAUGAUUCAACCAGUACAACAAACAAUUCAAACAGUACAACAAAUAGUUCAACCAGUGUCAGAAAUAUUUCCAUCAAUACAACAACAAAUGGCUCCAUCAAUACAACAGCAAAUAGCUCCAUCAAUACAACAACAAAUAGCUCCAUCAAUACAACAACAAAUAGCUCCAUCAAUACAACAACAAAUGGCUCCAUCAAUACAACAACAAAUAAUUCCAUCAUCACCAAUAGUGCCAGAUAAUUGUAAAAAUGAUACAGAAGGAUUUUCUUUAUCACCAUAUUUAAAAUUUGAUCGACCACCACAAGAUCCAUCAUGUAUAUUACAAUUUGAAAUACCAAAUGACACAAAUAAUGACAAUGAAGCUUCAACAUCAAUGAUACAUUCAGAUUCAAUAAUAAAAAGAACACCAAGAACAUUAUUAAAAAGUCGAGCAAAUAAUCAUCGUUUAAGUCUUUCAACUCCACGUAAAAGAAUAAGCCAUAUUAGAGCACUUGAUUUUAAUACACCAAUUAAAGGAAUUAAAAGUAAUAGAAGAAUGAGUGAUGCUAAUAAUAGUCAAAGAUUAACAGGAAAAAAAUUACUUUUAAAAACAAAUAGUAGAACUAGUUUAUUUAAAUCACCAAAUAAAACAUUAUCAAUUAAAAAAAUUAAAACUCCAAAAAGAUUAAAUACAUUAAUUGAUCAUAAUAAUAGUAAUAGUAAUAAUGAUAAUAAUAAUAAUAAUAAUAAUAAUAGUAGUAAUAAUAGAGUACCAAUUGCAACUCGUGGUCCUGAACCAAAAUUAAAUGGUGGUUGGGAUAAAUAUACUGGUGUUGGUAUGAUUAUUGAUGGCUUGUCAUCACAAUCAAGUUCAUCACCAGAAAAAAAACCAACACCAACUAAAAAAGCUUGGGAUGCUGAUUUACGUGGUAAAAUAAAUAUCAUUACAAAUGUUAAAAAACCAGCUGUUAGAAAAAAACGAAUAGCUAAAAUUAAAAAAGACAAAAAUGAUAAAUUAAAUAAUAUUGAAAAAAAAGAUAUUGAAAUUGAUAAUGAUGAUAGCAAUGAUAGUAAUGAAAAUGAUGCUAUUAAACCAGUUGAUACAACAGCAAAUACGUCAAUUGAAAAUAAUGUAAAAUUAAAUAAUCAAAAUACAAAAAGUAUAACAAAAAAAUAUGCAACAUUAAAAACAUUAACAACAAGUGUCACAAAAAAAGAAAUAAGUAAAUCAUUAAAUACAUCAAUAGAUUUAGUUAAUAAGGGUAGUGGUGCAUUUUCAAAAGUUAAUCCUGGUUUUAUCCAAAAUUUAAGUGAAUUAGAAACACCAAGAAAAUUUGAUAAUAGUAAUGGUAUACCACCAACACCAAGAAUAACAAGUCCACAUAGUAAUCAAACAAUAUUUUCACAAUUAAAUGAUGAUUCUGGUAAAAUUCAAACAUUUCCACCGACUCCAGAAUUUCCACCAACACCAAAUAUCGUUAUAACACCAAGACAAUCAUCUGAUAUUACAAUUGACACAACAAAAGAUUGUCAAUUUGUUGGUUGUUCAACGUAUUAUCAGCCAAGUUGUGAAUUGAAUGAUGAUAAAUUAGUUAAAAUAAAAAAUGAUAAUAUAACUAUUGAAAAAAUAUCAACAUCAACAACGACAACAACAACAACAACUACAAAAAUAUCUGGUAUAACUGAUGUAAAAUCAUCAACAUAUAAAAAUGAUGUAACACAAUAUGAAGUUAUUAAAGGUCAUUUACCACGUGAAGAUAAAUCUACAGAAUUAAAAAUGUCAUCAAAUGAUAAUGAUAAAAUGAAUAAAGAUAGUAGUAUGAUGAAUAAUAGAGAAACGUCAAAUAUAACUAGUAAUAAUGAUUCAAAAAGUCUUUGUAAAAGUUUUGAAACAAGUGGAACAGCAGAUGAUUCAUCAGACAGUGAUAGUGGUAGUUCAUCAUCAUCAUCUUCAUCAUCUGGCUCGUCAUCUUUUUCUAGUAUGAAUGAUACAAAUACAUCAUCAAGAAUAUCAAGUGGUAAAAAAAUUAAAAAAUCAACAAGUAAUAAAGAUAAAUUUAAAGAAUUAUUUGGUGAUCAAGAAAGUGAUAUAUCUGGUAUUGCAAAAGACAGUCCAAUAAUAACAUCAACAAAUAAAAUUAAUAUUGAUAAUAAUAAAAAUACAAAAGAAGAAAAUGAAUCAUCACCGACAAAAGUAUUUUCAAUUAUUAAAACAGAUGAUAUGUUGAAAGAUAUUGAUUUAGAAACACCAGCAAAAGAUGAAACAAUAUUAAAUGAAGAAGAUAUUGGUGUAACACCAAACAGCUCAAAACCAGGUGUUAAAAAUUUAACAAAUUUAUCGUCAACAAUUGCUGCAACAAAUAAUACAAAUAAUAUGUCACCACCAUCAGUAGCUAUUAAUAAAAAUCAAUCAUCAAAAAUAAUUAAACCAACAAUUGUUAGUGUUAAAAAAAUAUUACCUGAAAAUGCUGUACAAUUAAAACCAAUAUCACAAUAUUUAAAUAAUAUACCACCUGUACAAAAUUCAGCAAAUACACGUGAUUCAGCAAAGGAUGCAAAAUUAAGUGCUGAAUUAGAAGAAAAAAGAUUACGUACAAUUAAUAAAUUAAAUGCUGGUACAACAAAACAACCACCAAAAAAAUUAACUAAAAAAAAUACAUUACCAUUAAAUAAUGAUAAUAAAAUUCAACAACAACAGCAACAAAAUGAUAAUGAUAAUAAAAAAAUCCAAGAACCAUUUACAGUUAAUAAAAUUGAAAAGAAAACACGUGUAUCAAGAGUACCAGCAAAACAAAUUGUACAAACAAACAAAAUUGAUGAUACAACAGCAUCAACAGCUGAUAAAAUAAUUGAUCAGUCAUCAUCAUCAUCAUCAUCAUCAUCACCACCAGUUAAACCAGUUCCAGCUUUAAUUGGUUUACGUAAAUCAGCAAGAAAUGCUGAAAAAAUUGCAGCUAAAAGAGGUGUAAGUGAGCCACGUGAAAGAUCUGGUAAUGCAAAAAAACAAAUGCAUGAAAGAAAAGCACAAUCAACAAGAGAAUCAAAUGUUAAUGAUGAUAUUAUCAUUGACAAUGAUAUAUUAACAACAAAUAAUAUUGUAAAUAAUUUACAAGAAAUAAAUAAACCAGUUGAUAAUGCAAAUAAACAAGAUGAAAUAAAAGAAGAUAAUAAAUUAAUAAUUGAUAGUAUCAAAGAACCAGUAAAGUCAAAAGUUGAUAUGGUAAAAAGAGAUUUAUUUAGUGAUGAUGAACAACAAAAUGAUAAAGUAACAACAAGAUCAAAAACCCAAAAAAUAUCAGUCAAUCAAAAAUGUGAUAAUGCUGAAAUAAAUACUGGUAAUAAUGAUGAAAAAAUUGAUGUACUUGAAUGUCUUGAGCUUGUACCAACAAAAAAUAUUGAUGAAUUUGAUAUUAGUUUAGAAACUGAUUAUCAACAUAUUGAAAUAUCAUUUGUAUAUGAUGAAAACACAGUAGUACCAAAAGAAAAAAAGAGAAAAAGAAAAUAUAGUAAUUCAGAACUUGAAUGUAGAAUACAAAUUGAUAAUGGUGGUGAAGAUGAAUGGAAAUUAUUAACAGCACCACCAUGUGAAGAAAUAUUUGCAAUGUUGCCAGAGAAAAAAAAAGCUCCAAGAAAAAGACCAACAAAAACAACAGUUAAAGCUAAAAUAAUAAAAGAAAAAAGUGUACCUACUAUUGUUAGAAAAAGAACAAUGCCAGUUAAAUUGAGAAAUAGUAAAUCAAUUGUUUCGGCUAUUGACUCGCAACCAUUGGCAACAUCAUCACCAGUUGAUAAUACAACACCAAGAAAUAUUGAAAAACAAGUUGUUGUUGCUGGUGGUGCUGGUGGUGCUGUUGAUGAACCAAAAAUUGAAACAACAAAAACAAAAAAAAGAAAAAUAACUGAGACACAAGAUAGCAAUCAAACAGAAAAUAAAAAACCACAUCUGUCAGUACCAAAUGCUGAGGAUUUGUUGAAAAAAUUAAAAAUUGGAAAAUUAAUGGAUCAUGUACAUGGUCCAGAUAAUUAAUUUUUCUUUUUUUAAUACAACUGUUACGUUUUGAAAAAAAAUUAAUUAGAUAUUAACAAUGCUGUGCAUUUAUUUAACUUGUAAUCAAUGUAUAGUUAGUUUUUAAGUUAUUUUAUUCAAAGAGACUGAAAUAUUGUGACAACUUUAUCAA